UGGAUCUGGGAAUGUGGAGCGUAGAGGUCUGUGCGGGGCGCGGCGGGGGUCUUCACGUGAAAUGAGAACCUGGGCUUGGGUGAACGAAGUGUCCCCCGUCCCCUUCUCCUCUCCUUUCCAUGGACUAUUUUAGUUCUUUUUCCUUUCCCAGCCCCUCCUGUUUCGCCCUGCCUUCCCCCUGUGAAUGGGGCACGGAGUGACAUGCCAAGGGGUCGGGUGCUUAGCUGGGCACUCGUGGCGUGGCUGGCGCUGGGCGCAGAGACUGAUUCCAUGUCAGACCAGUUGCUUUGUUUUCAGGGCCAGGGGUCCCUUUGCGGACCGGUCGGGGUGACAGAGGGCUUCUAAGCCUCCCCGGGCCGUGGCCCGGGGCUCGGGCAUCCCCCUUCUCGAAGGCCGAAAGCCCCGGCGGGCAGGGUCCGAAGCGGUGCGAGGCGCCCGGGGUACCCAGGUGGGAAGCGAUGAACUUGCACCCCCAGAGUGGGGACCCUGUGGGGGCGCGUCGUGUGCAUGUGCGUGUGAGAGCAAAGAGGAGGAAAAAAAAAAAAAAAGACGACGAGAAGAGAGAGGAGGAGAAGACAGAGUGAAGGCUGUUUCAACAACUUUGCGGUGGCGAGCGCCGGAGCAGGGAUUUCGGGUUUCCGAGCCGGCUCGGGGCUGUCUAAUUAUGCCGGGCUCUGCAGGGACAUGCAGGAGGCGAGGUGCCGCUUGUUCUGACACCCCGGCGGGCAGACUGGCAGCGGCGGUCGGGGGAGAGCGAGCCGUGUCAUCCGGGGGUGCGUCGGGCGGGAGUGGCCCAGCCAGUCGGACGGGUUUGCGCCGGGAGCGGGGAGCCCGUGCCAGCGGCGCCCGGGCUGGGCCGCCUCGCGUCUCUGCGCGCCCCGGGCCGCGGCCCGGUGCCCUCCCCCACGCCCCUCCUUCGCGAGCCCCGGCCCCGGAGAGCCAAGGGCGGGGCGGCCAGCGGCGCAGAGCGGCCGGUCCCCGGAGGCCGCGGGAAGCAAGAGAGCGGCGGCCCAGGCGAGAGCCGGUCCCGGGCGGGGCGCCGGGCCAUGGAGAAGCCGCGCGGCGGCGGGCGGCCGGACCCCGCGCCCCAGGCCCGGCUGCGGAGCGGAGGAGCCCGCGGCCGGAGAGGCCCGGCCGGCCGCAGCUCGGGGACCGAGAGCCCUUCGAACGCCCGGCCGGGGUCCCCGGGAGCGCCCGGCCGCGCCGCGCGGCCCCCGCGGCAUGCCGAGGUCUGCCCCAGCCUUUUAGGACCGUCACGACGGCGCCAGCAACGGGACGGCACGGUUGCCCCAGCUGGGCACUCCUGAACCCCCUGCACGCCCAGCCGCAGCCGCAGCACCCGGGCUGGCCGGGUCAGAGGCAGAGCCAGGAGUCUGGGCUUCUGCACACGCACCGGGGGCUGCCCCACCAGCUGUCGGGCCUGGAUCCUCGAAGGGACUACCGGCGGCACGAGGACCUCCUGCACGGCCCCCACGGGCUUGGCUCCGGACUCGGAGACCUCCCGAUCCACUCCUUACCUCACGCCAUCGAGGACGUGCCGCAUGUAGAAGACCCGGGUAUUAACAUCCCAGAUCAAACUGUAAUUAAGAAAGGCCCCGUGUCCCUGUCCAAGUCCAACAGCAACGCCGUCUCCGCCAUCCCCAUCAACAAGGACAACCUCUUCGGCGGCGUCGUGAACCCCAACGAAGUCUUCUGUUCAGUUCCGGGUCGCCUCUCGCUCCUCAGCUCCACCUCGAAGUACAAGGUCACGGUGGCGGAAGUACAGCGGCGCCUCUCACCGCCUGAGUGUCUCAACGCUUCGCUGCUGGGCGGAGUGCUGAGGAGGGCGAAGUCUAAAAAUGGAGGAAGAUCUUUAAGAGAAAAACUGGACAAAAUAGGAUUAAAUCUGCCAGCAGGGAGGCGUAAAGCUGCCAAUGUCACCCUGCUCACAUCACUAGUAGAGGGAGAAGCUGUCCACCUAGCCAGGGACUUUGGGUAUGUGUGUGAAACGGAAUUUCCUGCCAAAGCAGUAGCUGAAUUUCUCAACCGACAACAUUCCGAUCCCAAUGAGCAAGUGACAAGAAAAAACAUGCUCCUGGCUACAAAACAGAUCUGCAAGGAGUUCACCGACCUGCUGGCCCAGGACCGAUCGCCCCUGGGGAACUCGCGGCCCAACCCCAUCCUGGAGCCGGGCAUCCAGAGCUGUUUGACCCACUUCAACCUCAUCUCCCACGGCUUCGGCAGCCCGGCGGUGUGCGCCGCGGUCACGGCCCUGCAGAACUAUCUCACCGAGGCCCUCAAGGCCAUGGACAAAAUGUACCUCAGCAACAACCCCAACAGCCACACGGACAACAGCGCCAAAAGCAGUGACAAAGAGGAGAAACACAGAAAGUGAGGCGCUCCUCCCGCCCCGCCCGCCCCGCCGCGCGCGCGCCCGCCGCCCGUCCGCCUCCGCCUGCACCUCCAUCCCCCACCGCCCACCGCCGGCAGGUGACAGCGCGGGGACCAGCGACCCUCCACUGCUGCUACUGCCGCCGCCUUCGGUCCGGAGGCCCGGGGCCCGGGGCCCACGCCCCACGGCGAGAGGGCCGACCCCUCAGGCCCCGGCCCCGACCGCCCCAUGAGCAUCACCUCCCCGUUGCCCCCCGCGGAGCCUAAGAGAACCCAACAGGCCGUGAAGCCAGCAAAGAGAAGUUCUGUCCGAGUUUGUGAACCUUUUUUUUUUUUUUUAAACCCAACAAAUCAACCACAAAGACAACAAAAAAAUUAAAAACUUUUUUUUUUUUUUUUUAGAAAAAAAGAACGUAAAAAUAAAAAAAAAAAGUUCUAUGAGUUUCACGGGAUGGAAUCACCACCUUCCUUACAUAUUUCAGUUCAGAUUGUAGCCAUACUAAAAAAAAAAAGGCAAAAAGGAUCAUGACAUUUUUAUCAGUAUUGUGAAUAAACUUGAACACAGAUACUCGAAGUUCCAUGUCUUGUCUUCAGUUGUAAGUUUUCCCUCUUCAAGGUAAAGCGACUAACUUGAACUUUCUCUGGCAACACGAUUCACAGUUCUAUAAGGGAAUCAGUGUUCACGUCUCUGUAUAUAUUUAUUUAUGUGUAAUUUAAUGGGAAUUGUAAAUAUGGUGAGUCUGUUUUAAGCCUUUUUUUUUUUUUUAUUUAUCUGGUGAUCUCGUUUACCUCUUGUUUAGUGGGUUUUGAAUCUUCCCUAUUAGUUCUUCAUGUGGUUCAUGGUACUUAUUUAGGAAUUCAAGGUUUGGGGGAUUUUUUUUUUCCUCUGGGAUUCAUGAAUUUAGCCCUGUUGUAGCAUGUUAAAGACGACAAUGAAACAGCUGAACAAACUUUAAAAAGUAAAAUAAAAUUUCAUAAAUAAUUAGUAUUACAUUUAGCUUUUCAUUGAACUGAAAGGAAAAAAAAAAGUGAUAUUGGACCCUGGAAAAAUUUAACUUGAGUGGUUUGAUAACCCUUCUAUGUUUUUGUGGGGGAGAAGCAAAAAAGUUUAUUUUAUUCCACUGUCCUCCCUUAAAAGCAUCAUUUGAGCAAUAAAUGAGUAUUGUCUUUAAACCAAGGGUUAGGGAUGUUUUCCUCUCUCUCUCUCUCUCUCUCUCUUUUUGUUCAAAGAACUUCAAGCAUUUGGGACCGCCUGGUAUUCUGUAUUUUCACUGGCCGUUUUGGAAGCAGUUAUAGCUGCCUUGUAUUGAGUUGUGCUGGCAGUAGUUUUCAUGCCUGUCAAUGUAUCAUAGUCCUUUGUUGCCCAGAUAAAUAAAUAUUUGAUACGCUUUA